UAUAUUACAUUGUCUUUCCUGUUCCAUACCAAUCAUCCUUCCCUCUCAUUUCCUCCAGGACCUAGUACGAGCCGGUGGUCAACUCCAGGGAAAGAGCCUCCGGUUGGGCUUUGCUGACCUUGCUCCAUCCACUAUCUCUGGUCCUCCACCUAGUUCUUUGGAUCUCCUGACAACACCAAUCUCUCGACUCGUCCUGUUGACACGGCACUAUACCCAGGGGUGCUAACCCUGUCCAUCUCCAUCUCUGGUUUCCUGGACCCACCUCUCCCUCACCUCUCCCCCAGCAACCCUUCCCCUCCCUGGUCCGAGAUAUAGAUGUCUGUGCCCUCGGCCUUGGAGUUCCACUGGCAGAGCCUGGCUCGGCUGCCAAGCGGGCGUGUCUACCACUCCCUGGCGGAGGUGGGGGGGCAGAUGUACAUGCUGGGGGGCUGUGAUGCUGCAGGGAGGCCCUCCCCAGCCCUGGAACUCUACUCUCCAGAGGGGGACCAGUGGCUAAGCUUGCCCCCCAUGCCCACCCCUCGGGCGGGUGCGGCAGUGGCGGUGCUGGGCAAGCAGAUCCUGGUGGUGGGUGGUGUGGGGGAGGACCAGCGCCCUCUCAAGGUUGUGGAGGUGUACAACACAGAGGAGGGGAGGUGGAGGAAGAGGAGCGCCCUCAGAGAAGCACUGAUGGGGGUGGCCGUCACUGUAAAAGAUGGGCGUGCGUUGGCAGUGGGUGGUAUGGGUUCAGACCUGCUCCCUCGUAGUAUACUACAGCAGUAUGACCUGAGGAAGAAUGUGUGGGCACUACUGCCCCCUAUGCCCACACCGCGAUAUGAUGCUACAGCACACCUACUGGGCAACAAGAUCUACGUGGCAGGUGGGCGUCAGUGUAAGCGCACGUUGAAGGUCUUUGAGGUAUUUGAUUCAGAGACACGCUCCUGGAGUACACUACCCAACAUGCCGUGUAAACGUUCGUACGGUGGCGUGUUCUGGGACAGUUCGGGGAGGCUGUGUCUGCUGGGGGGGCUAAGGAAGGGAGGGGGCCACCAGAGCUCCAAGUUCACCAAUAAUGUCAACAUCUUUGAUACUAACCAGGGGUUAUGGUUGAAGUCAGAGGACACGGUGGCCAUGAAGACUAAGAGGGCUGACUUUGCCUCAUCUUUCCUCAGGGGCAGGAUGGUCGUAGCAGGAGGACUCGGUCACCAGCCUUCAGUUCUGGACACGGUGGAAGCCUUCCACCCUCAGAAGAGGAAGUGGGAGAGACUGGCUCCCAUGGCAAUGGCGCGAUGCUCUGCCUCGUCCAUCGUCAUCAGGGACCGCUUGCUGGUGGUGGGAGGAGUCAACCAGGUCCCUAGUUCAGCCCAUGAGAUCCUGUAUGUGAAAGAGGAGUGUCUGUAGGCUAGAGGACAUGACCCUUACAGGAUGAUUGACAGCAGGAUGACCACAAGAAGAUUCUGAAUUCUAGAACAUUCUAUUCAAGAUCAGUGGUUACAGUGCUUUCAUAAUAGCUGCUGGUCUGGGACAAGUGCAAUAUGUUUCCUAAGAUCUACAGAGGAAUAGAAAGGAUGGGGAAAUAAUGCCACAAACACAGAACAGUGCCCUCUCCUGGGUUGUCUAUGCACACUCAACUCCAACACACAGUGAGAGAACUGAUAUCACACAGGCUACACACAAAGAGAAUAGAUCCCAAUUAUCACCGUACUGACUCACAUCGUACAAAAUAUUCUACACCAGGGAUGGCCAACUUUGAUGGGCGUAGGCCCACUAAAAAUCUGAAUUCAUCAUGAGGGGCCGUAGUUACUCGCGGGUCUGCGUACCCACGUGGGCACAACCACAUUUCGAAAUUGCGCCUUGUGUAUUCUAAAAAAAAAAGGUAGCCAGUUGCACAUCCCUGUUCUACACAUACGAGGAGCUGGCUUUCUCUGUAAAUAAGUUAUUCAGAAGAGUUUUAGUAAUGUAAAGAUUCCUCUUCACUGUGUGUGAUCUCCCUAUAGAGAUUCUCAAGGUAUUCAAUAUUUGUUUUACUUUGCAUCUAUUGUUGUAGAUUUACUGCUUGCCUUGCCUUAAAUGUUUUUAACUGGACAUAUAGAUGUGAUCUUAACAGGGAGUAAAGACUAGAGCAAGGUAAUACAUUUUGUAUUGUUACUGAGAUAAAUACUGUUUAUUUGUUGUGUAUGAAAUGUGUGCAGUUUGUCAACAGUUUGAUAUUCCCUACUGUAGAUGCAAGUGACAUGUUAGUGUACACCCAUCUCUAAGACCUAAGUUAGCCAACUCCGGACAUACAGUACAGCACAGUAUGCAGUCGCUUGGACUAGCAUGAAGACAUGCACUUAACUGGAGUGUGCAUAUAGCAUGCAUGCAGACAUAGCAUGCAUAUAUCUGGAGCAAGUCAAAAUAAUGUAUAUGAAUUAACUGCACUACUGAAACAGAGUGUGCAAUCAUCAGGAGUUGACUGUACCCACUGAUGGAGGCCGCUGAGGGGAGGACUGGAAUGGCUGGAAUGGACAGAAUGUAUUGGUAUCAAACACAACCAUGAUACCAUUCCAUUUACUCCAUUCCAGCCAUUAUUAUGAUCCAUCCUCCCAUCAGCAGCCUCCACUGAAACCUACAUAUUUGAAUGGGUUGCCUAUGGAUUGCUAUGGCAAUAGGAAUUAUAUAGGUGUGAGAAGGUUAAUCAUGUAAUGUCUGGUUUAAAUAUAUAUCAAAUGGUGUAUGUUCUUUAAUCCUAUUUAAGAUCUGUUGCUCUUUUUAAAAUCCCCAUUUAAAAAAAUAUAUGUUAUACUCGUGAUUACAUGCAAUACUGGUUUUCGGUUCAUCUGUUUUGGUUUGUAAUUAGUGCACUGUGUAUUGACAAUUGAUUUCUGUCAAAUGUACGUAUUAAUGAAUAGCUUCAUUCUCAGGAUGUUAUUAAAAAGCACA